GCGCCAGGCCUCCGCCUUCGGCUUCCUGCAGGGCGGUCCCCUGGCGGCCCCGCAGCCGCCGACCUCGGACCUGGCCUCGCAGCUCGGGUCGCUGCAACUGGGCGCCGCCGCGCCCACCGCGGCGCAGCACAGCGCGUUCCCGUUCACGAGCGGGGCCGACUUGGCGCCGCCCGCGGCCUUCCCAGCGGCCGCUCCGCUCGCGGAGGCCGCCCAGCUGCCCCAGCAGGCGCAGCCUGCGCCGCCGGUGCCCCCGUCGCAGGACCAGAGGUACGCGUCGCUGGAGAGCUCCCUCUCCGCGCUCUACCAGCAGCAGACGGCCCACUCCCAGCAGCCAGCCCAGAACCGCUUCGCGGCGCUGGCCUCGCCCUCGCCGGCGCCCCUGCAGAUGUCCGCGGGGCCCGGCUACGCGGGCAUGGGCGGCAUGGGCGGGACGGGCCCGGCCAUGGGCUCCACGAUGGGUGCCGCCAUGGGCUCCGCGCUGGGCGCCCGGGGCCCCGCCAUGGGCGCCGGCAUGGGCGCGGGCAUGCACGGCGGCAUGGGGCCUGGCGCAGGCAUGGGCUGCGGCGUGCCCGGCGGCGUGCCCGCGGGCAUGCAGGCUGCCAGCAUGGGGCCUGGCAUGGGCGCCGGCAUGUGGGGCAUGCAGGGUUGCGCUGGCACGGGCAUGUGCGCCGGCAUGGGGGCGGGGCUGGCCGGGAUGCCAGGCGGGGCGGCGCCGCACUUCGGCGGGUUCUCGCAGCGCCGACGCGUUCAGCUUCCUCGGCGGCCUGGGCGGCGGCGCAGGCGGCCUCCACCAGGCGCCUCAGCGCACGGCCCCGGCGACGCCGCCUACCCAGCAUGCCAGCGCUGCCAGUGACUCGUUCGGGACUAUUGACGCCUUCUCCGCUUUCGGCGCGCCGAAGGCGUGGAGUUCGGCAAAAACGGUGUUGACAGGGUCACCCGCUUGGCACGUCGCCGUCUUUGUCGUCUUCCGUGAUACCUCAGGUAUAGUUGCUGCUGCCUGUGCCGCCGCCACUGCUGUCAUCGUUGUCGCCGGCGCCAUGACAGCCAUCAUGGUGAUCAUCAUUACCGGUCUUUCCACUGCCGUUGCUGCCGCUGCGGUUGAUGCCUGCUACUGUUGUCGCUGCUGUUUGUUGCAAUUCAUCACGCUUCGCGUAUCCCCACCAGCUUGAGCGCCUGCACGCCCGUUCGUCG